AUGAGGUCAAACUCUGUUAAAGACCUACCGGAAGACUUCUGGAUACCAAUAUUGUUGGACACUAAAAACAUCACAUCGCUUAGCCCUUUCCUGGUUCCCCAAGACCACUUGGGAGGUUUGGGUACUUUCUAUGCCAUGGCGGGAUUCAUGCUCGUCCUAUUUGUGACUGGCACUGGAAUCAACAUCCUCACCAUUGCAUGCACCAUCCAAUACAAGAAGCUUCGCUCCCACCUCAACUAUAUCCUGGUGAACUUGGCCAUCGCUAACCUUCUUGUGUCAGUUGUGGGCUCUUUUACUGCCUUCUGCUCUUUUUCAUCCAGAUAUUUCAUUUUUGGACCACUAGCAUGCAAGAUUGAAGGUUUUGCAGCAACACUUGGUGGUAUGGUUAGUCUGUGGUCUCUUGCUGUGAUAGCUUUUGAAAGAUGGCUGGUCAUCUGCAAGCCUCUUGGUAACUUUGCUUUCAAGCCCAGACAUGCUGUAGCUUGUUGUUUAUUCACCUGGGUAUUUGCACUGAUAGCCUCAGUCCCCCCACUGGUCGGAUGGAGUAGGUACAUCCCCGAGGGCCUGCAGUGCUCCUGUGGACCAGACUGGUACACGACAAACAACAAAUACAACAACGAGUCCUACGUGAUGUUCCUUUUCUGCUUCUGCUUUGCUGUCCCUUUUGCCACAAUAGUUUUUUGCUACGGUCAGCUGCUGAUCACCCUUAAAGUGGUAGCAAAGGCUCAAGCUGAGUCCGCCUCCACCCAGAAGGCAGAGGCGGAAGUGACCAGGAUGGUGGUGGUCAUGGUGCUGGGCUUCCUGGUGUGCUGGAUGCCAUAUACCUCCUUUGCUCUUUGGGUUGUCAACAACCGCGACAAGAUGUUUGAUCUGAGGAUGGCAACGGUACCUUCCUGCUUUGCUAAAGCCUCCACAGUGUACAACCCGGUCAUCUACGUCCUCUUCAAUAAGCAGUUCCGCUUGUGCAUGUCAUCGAUGCUUGGAAUGGGUGGUGGAGAAGAUGAAACAUCAACUGCGCAAUCGCGUAGAUUUUCAGCUCCAACAAGAGGAAAAAUGAGAGGAAAUCCUCCUCCUCCUCCUCCCGGGGAAGAAGAUGACUUCUGGAUCCCCAUCCCUCUGGAUACCAAAAAUAUUACGGCGCUCAGCCCAUACUUGGUCCCUCAGGACCAUCUUGGAAGCCUGGCGCUUUUUUAUUCGUUGUCAGCAUUCAUGUUCAUCUUAUUCGUGAUGGGCACGGCCAUAAACGUCCUCACCAUUAUGUGUACUUUAAAAUACAAGAAGCUCCGAUCUCAUUUGAACUACAUCCUUGUUAACAUGGCUGUCGCAAACCUCCUCGUUUCUUCCGUGGGCUCGUUCACCUGCUUCUACUGCUUUGCCUUCAGAUACAUGAUUCUCGGUCCACUGGGGUGCAAGAUAGAAGGAUUUACCGCAAGUCUUGGUGGAAUGGUGAGCCUUUGGUCCCUUGCUGUCAUUGCAAUUGAAAGGUGGCUGGUUAUCUGCAAGCCACUUGGGAAUUUUGCCUUCAAAUCUGAGCAUGCUUUGGCCUUCUGUGGACUAACCUGGUGCUGUGCUUUGUGCGCUGCAGUCCCUCCUCUCGUUGGCUGGAGCAGAUAUAUCCCAGAGGGUAUGCAAUGCUCAUGUGGACCAGACUGGUAUUCGACAGGCAACAAAUAUAACAGUCAAACCUUCGUCAUGUUCCUCUUCUGCUUCUGCUUUUCUGUCCCGUUCUCUGUCAUCGUUUUCUGCUACUCGCAGCUGCUUUUCACGCUGAAAAUGGCAGCAAAGGCCCAGGCCGAAUCCGCCUCCACCCAGAAGGCAGAGAGGGAGGUGACCAGGAUGGUGGUCCUAAUGGUGUUGGGCUUCCUGGUGUGCUACAUGCCGUAUGCAUCUUUUGCUUUGUGGGUCAUCAACAACCGUGGGCAGACGUUUGACCUCAGGCUCGCAACCAUACCUUCCUGCGUGUCCAAGGCCUCCACAGUCUACAAUCCCGUCAUCUACGUCGUCCUCAAUAAGCAGUUCCGCUCAUGCAUGAGGAAGUUGCUGGGGAUGAGUGGGGGUGAUGAAGAUGAAUCAUCCGCAAGUCAAUCAGCCACUGAAGUCUCAAAAGUUGAACCAUCUUAGGCCUUCAGCUUGUGUUAACAUUGAUGUAGUGGAAUUCAUGUCACAAGUGAGUUCCUUGUUCAUAAAGAUUAAGUGUUUUGCAAAGAAAAAAAAAAAAAAAAGAAAAUAGAUAAAAACAUUUUGAGAAUAUUGUGUCAAAGGGUAUUUAUUUCCCCUGACCAUAGUUAUGAAAACAAACCGUAUCCUUCUUCUAUGCAUUAUGAUGUGUUUUUUUGCCCCCUUUAAAAAAACACAACGCAGGUCACUGAAAACCCAUAAAGUAUACUAAAAAUGACCACAGUGUAUGAGAUCUCUGAGUUGUUUAAGACAUGGGGACUUCUACGUAUAAAACUGUGGAUGUAGCGUGAGAAAACAAAUAAAGAUAUAUGCAUUUGUAAAGCUUAUAUCUGCUUGUGCUGACAAACCUACACACAUAUGUAUAUUGUUGCAAAGAAGAAAACAUCAGAUUAUUGUUAUUAACAUGAGGCAUACACAGAUAUAUCACUCUUGCGAUGACUGGGUGUGAAAGAUAAAAGAUUACUGACAACAUCUCUAUGAAUGAACCAACCAGACACACUUUUCUGCAUUGCCUACAAAUAACUGAUAAGUUAUAUUCUAAGUCAGAUUUCUCAUCAGAAAUGUGAAAUCCAAAGUUUUCCCUCCUAACUGUUCGCAGUGGACAGACUGAGACCUCACAAAUGUGUUUUAAAACAUCAAUAGUGUAUCAGACAAGAUUUCUAUGGUUAAUUGUAUAGCAAAACAAAGUUUUCUUGAUCUUUUCUCUGAAUCCUGACGCAGUGGAGAUUCUCAUAACUUAACUAACCCAAACAGUGCCUGCAUGUAUCACAUUUGGCCUCCAGAUGGCGCCAUACUUACUCAGCGAUCAUUCUAUCAUGGCAGUACACCAGCACAGUAACAAGAGUGACCAAGAACAUAAACAUGUAAAGGCAGAUCUAAAGGCUUUGACAUUUGGUUUUAAUUGUGUUAACCUGUGGAAGGAAAAAAGGUUAGAUCAAAAUUAAGCUUCACAUUCCAAAGAAAAUGGUCCAACCCUCUAGUCUUAAAACCAGUAAUGUGGUUUAUCUGUACUGUAAUUCUUGCUAAACGCAGUAAAAAAAAAAAUUAAGUUAGAAUUACUUCGUUCUUCUGCAUAUUGACCACAACUUUGGAAACGUGUUCUUAAAGUGGUUUAAUGAACAAGACACCAAAGGGAUUUGCUUUGCAGUCUUAAGAGGAGAUUCCAGCAGCACAACACAUGCAUGUUCACAGUUACAUGUGUGUUUUUACUUCCAAUAAAAGCAAAAAUAAUUUUGUCCACUUUCAUUAACUUUGCUUUGAAAAUGCUCAUUGUAAAAAUUCCAAUUGCUGAGAAAAAAAUGUGGAUAACGUGAAGCACAUUGAGUUAAUGUUUUCUCAAUUUCUUUAAUAGAAUUAACAUUAGACCUCAGCGUAUGUAGAUAAAGUUACAAAAGACAAAAAGAAAGAAAUGAACAUACUAGGCAAAUCAUUUUUUUACGUUGUGCUUUGUAAUGUUAGCAGGGAAAUAAAAAGCAUUUAAAAUAUACAUUUUUUUCUCUUCUUUUUAGAGAAAUUGUCAUUAGUGCUCUUACAAGUUCCUUCCUUAAUGCACUACUUUCAUUGCUGAACAACAAGACAUAAACACUACCCCCACUGUGAACCUUAAAUGUGACAUUUGAGCAUACAUGAUGUCUGCCUGGAUGCUUGUCAUGCAGAAUGGUGUUCAGUCAGCCAGACCAAAUCUCCAAAAUGUCUUAAAUGCCUGCAGAAAUGGGUGAAAUGGUACUGUAAGGGAAUGGGAGAUGGGGACACAGGAAAGAAACGGAUCAUUAAAAAAUCUUAACAACAAAUGAAGCACAAGUCAGAGAGCACAUUACCUGAUGUUAAGUGAACAUAAGACCGCAUAAGUAGAAAAGGUGCAUUUAGGUCACUUAACACCAGCGUAAUUGUUUACAGCCAUUAACCGCCAUUAAACAGUGAAGACCACCUGCUGCUCAGGACAGCAACUGGACGCACCAGGGCGUCAUCCCUGGUCGCAGUGGUCAAAGAGCUUCCCGUCGGUAGUCGGGGGCAAAUCCGAGUUCUGCUAGUAGUGAACUUUUACCAAACAUGAAUAGUUCAGAACUAGCGGAAUUCCAGACCUACCCUCGAAGCAUCACAGCGUCACACAACAAGCCAUUCGGUGGAAUAAAAAACAAAUAAAUGUGUCAAACACAUUUCUAUUGGCAGAAAUAAAGAUCAGGUCCAAAGAGUGACUAUCUCUCCAAGUUUGCAUCUCUAACAAAUUCCCUGAAAUGUCAAAUUUUCUGAUACAUACAAAAACAUUUGAUUAUUCAAUAGUUUGAAAUAGAAGAAAGGUUUACAGAUUCCUUUAGGGUCAGUUCUCCUCUUCUUUUGAAGUCCUUGUCCCAGAUGGAG